AUACUGGUUGAAUGCAGCCAGCCUACGCCUUACAAAUAAUUAAAAACAAAAGUAUAAGCCGAUAAAAUUCGGUUACCUCAGAGUUGAAUUUGUCAAAUGCUUUCUUUCUGUCUAACACUCGAAUCAUCAUAUAUGUUACUGCUUUUCUCGUACAUUGUUCAAAUGACAUUUAUACUGAGCUGAGAGCUAUUUAAUUUUGUCGUGUCAGUUGCGUGUCUGCUGUUGCUGGACUGCCGGUCUUGUUUACUAGAUAAAAAUCCAAAAUUUGUUUAGAAGGAAACAGACCUGUAUAAUUUAUUUUAUCUAACAGAAUUAGUGUUACUUGAUACUUAUGGCUGGCCAAUUAAAUGUAUAAGAUACAUAUAUUUUAAUAUCGAUUUGUUAAAUUUUGCAGAUUGGUGCGAAAGAUCAAACCCAGCGUAAACCUACACCAUGCGUCGCUACUGGCACCGUUUGCUUCGGCUACGAAACCUCAUAUUCCUCGUCAUAAUCCUGAUAGUGCUAUACACAUUGAGGUCAUGGACCGACCUCACCGACAGCGCGCCGCCGGCGGUGGUGCCCCACUUCAUUGCGUUAAGCGGCACCAACAUUCCUAUAUUUGUGCCUAAAAGCACAAAGAAAAUAGAUUGGCACAACUAUAUUCAAAUAGAACAGGAUGAAAAACGCACAGGUAUUGGAGAGCAAGGCAAGCCCGCAUCUCUGUCGUCAUCAGAGGCUUCUCUAGAAAAAAGUCUCUACGCUGUCAAUGGCUUUAAUGGAGCUCUUAGUGACAAAAUUCCCCUUAACCGCUCCUUGAGGGACAUCAGGCAUAAGCUGUGCAAGACACGCUUGUAUAUAGAAUCACUGCCCACUGUGAGCGUGGUGGUGCCAUUUCACAACGAGCACUGGAGCACCCUACUCCGGACGGCGCAGAGCGUCGUGCACCGCUCGCCGCCGCAUUUGCUUAGAGAAGUCUUAUUGGUGGACGACGCGAGUACCAAGGAUUUCCUAAAAGGCAAGCUAGACGCGUACCUAGCCGCUAACAUCCCUAAAGCCCGGGUCAUACGGCUGGAGAAACGCAGCGGGCUCAUCACGGCGCGGCUGGCGGGCGCGCGGCAGGCCACGGCAGAUGUGCUAGUGUUCCUGGACUCGCACACGGAGGCUAACGUCAACUGGCUGCCACCGUUGCUAGAGCCGAUAGCUCUAGACUACCGCACGGCAGUCUGCCCCUACAUCGACGUGCUGGACUACGCCACGUUCGAGUACCGAGCACAGGACGAGGGCGCCCGCGGCGCCUUCGACUGGGAGCUGUUCUACAAGCGCCUGCCGCCGCUGCCGCGCGACCAGGCCCGCAUGCCGGAGCCCUUCCCGUCGCCGGUGAUGGCGGGCGGGCUGUUCGCCAUCUCGCGCGCGUGGUUCUGGCAGCUCGGCGGCUACGACCCCGGCCUCGACAUCUGGGGCGGCGAGCAGUACGAGCUCAGCUUCAAGAUCUGGCAGUGCGGCGGGCGCAUGCUGGACGCGCCGUGCUCGCGCGUGGGCCACGUGUACCGCAAGUUCGCGCCCUUCCCCAACCCCAACCACGGGGACUUCGUGGGCAAGAAUUACCGGCGAGUAGCGGAAGUGUGGAUGGACGAAUACGCGGAAUACCUGUACCAACGGCGGCCACACUACCGCCUGAUCGACACCGGGGACAUCUACGAACAGACGGCGAUCCGACAGAAGCUCAAGUGCAAGUCGUUCCGCUGGUUCAUGACGCAGGUGGCGUUUGAUCUCAUUGCUAAGUACCCGCCUGUAGAACCAAAAGCGUUCGCGGAAGGACGGAUCCGUCCAUUGAUCGCGCCAGACUUGUGCACGGACGCCUACCACGGCAACAACAAGGAGACGGUUCUACUGAAGCCGUGUCAGGACGGGCUCAGCGAGCAAGUGUGGGAGUUCAGCUGGCAUAAAGACAUCAAAGUGAAAACUAGGAGGAUAUGCUGGGACCUGCCGGAGUCUUCGCCCCACAGUCCUGUGCGUCUCUACGACUGCCACCUCGGCGGCGGCAACCAGGAGUGGCGGUACGACCCGAAAUCGCAGCAAAUCCGCAAGUCAGCCGCAGUAUGCCUGGACAGCUCGGCAACUGACCAGCAAUUGUUCGUGUCUUCGUGCGACGCCAGCUUAGACUCGCAGCGGUUCCUGCUCGACCAUGUCGACCAGGACGCUCUGUCGCGCUGGGACUCGCUGCACGUCGCCGUCACGGGGCCCGAGGUUCCCGACUGGUAUAUAGAUAACUAACAGGUACGAGGGAAACUAAAGGCUAACGAUGUUAAACCAUGUAAACAAACUGACCGUUGGGCAAGGGAACGCAAGCUCCGAGCUCCCCCAUUGGUUCUUUUGCCUCACAACACCCAGAUCAGGUUGAGUCGCUCAACUGAUCUCGCUGGAGCGCAAACUC